GUCCUCCUCUCUACCCAAGGAAGAUUCAGCUUCUGAUCUGAGAGCGCCUGCAUGCUGUGGACAGUCGGGAAAGAAAUAUGCCCACCAAAAUCCAUCACGCGUAGUAUGGUGGUAGGCUGGGCAUCAAAAAGGAAAAAGCAGUUAACCUUGGCUAGUUACGCAGCAUUUGGAGCAUCGGGGAGCAGUUAGGAGCCGGAAACUCAGAGAAAACAGAUGGAGAGGCACUUCUCAGAUGACAGGAGGUGCACAGGAGAAGGCUUUCCCUGACACAGGCUCUGCUGGAUUCUUCACCAUGGGUGACAUGAAGACCCCGGAUUUUGAUGACCUCUUGGCAGCCUUCGAUAUUCCAGACAUCGACACCAACGAGGCCAUCCAUUCAGGCCACGAGGAGGCCGACGCUCACAUCAAGCCGGUGCCCGGGGAGCCCGGGGCCCCCGACCAUGUCCUCCCCCAUGCGGAUAUCACUGCUGUGAGUGUGAUUGUGAAGAACACUGUCUGCCCGGAGCAACUCGACCCCUUGGACGGCCGUAGCAAAGAUGGGCACCUGCCCGGGCCCCGCCUGCUGCAGAACGGCUUUGGCGCGCCCGAGAUCCCCAGGUCCCCCCCCACCAGGCCAGGGGAAGCGGUGGCAUCGUCCAACGGCGAGUGCUGGGUGACAAAGGAGAAAGGAGCAAAGCCCCUGGACAUCUUUUCCCACUUCAGCCCCGAUCCCAAUGAGGAGAACUCCGCGGAUCUGAUAGACAGGCCCCGGGACAGCAAACCGAAAGAGAAAACCCUCUCUGUGCCCUCCCUCUCGCCAUCCCCCACCCCAUCUCCUGCCCCAUCGCCAGACUGCAAAGACCCAGCUGGAGAGAGCACCGAGAGCCUCCCGCCAGCUUUCCCGCAGCCCUUUGAAACCAGCGAUGCUGGGGGCAUAAACGGUUCCCCAUCCACCAUUCCCCUGAAGAAGAAAGAGGAGUCCGACUCGGAUGAGCUGGACCAUGGGGCCAGCCCCAAGGGUUUGUACUCCACGGACGAUUCCCCCAUUGCGUCAUGGCCCAGCUCAGACCAAAAUCUGGACGGCAGCUCCAGCAACCUCCCUGAAGUGAAAGACUCUCCCCCCAGCCCUCAGGAGCCGUUCUUCAAACCUUCCCCUCUGGCUGAAGAAAGCCCCGGCCUCCUUAACUCCCCCAAGCCGCUGGAGAGCAGCCCCCUCAAGGAAGAGCAGGAGGCUGUAGAGAAACCCCCGCCGAGCAUGUCCAGCGGUGAGGAAGAGGAGGAUGAAGAUGGCAGCAAUGACUCCCCCUCUUCCAACUCCUCGCGGCCCCUCAAGGUGCGGAUUAAAACCAUCAAGACGUCUUCUGGCAGCAUCACCCGAACGGUAACCAGAGUCUCCUCCGACUCGGAGCCGGGAACAGCCAAACUACCAUUGGAGCCAGGCUCUCAGGAGGCUGCCAAUGAGGGUGGCAUGCUCUCGGCAUCAGCGGUGAAAGAGGAGAGCAGCCUGGAGGUGCCCAAAGAGAAAAUGGAGCUCUCCAGCCCCCUGAAAGUCAUAGAAGGGCCCAAAAUAGUCAGUGUGCAGCUGGGCAACGGCACCAAAAUCAAAGGCACCGUCCUGCCGGUCACCACCAUCCAGAACGCUAGCAGUGCCAUGCUGAUCGCCGCCAGCGUGGCCCAGCAGAAAUCCGUGGUGCUGCCGAGCAAGGCGGUGACCAAGAACAUUAUCAACUUGGUGCCACAGACCCUCCCCAAAGCUGACACCAGGACCAACGUCAGCACGGUGACCCAAACCACUACCAUCACCACCACAGCCAACCAGAAGGUCAACGGCACCACGGUGGUGAUGGUGCAGCCGCAGAAGCCUUCGCCCACCCUCGCCGGCACGGUCAUUUCCAGGAGCCAGUCCAGCCUGGUGGAGGCUUUCAACAAGAUCCUGAACAGUAAAAACCUCUUGCCCACCUACAAACCCAACCUGAAUCCUCCAGCGGACUCCAGCCUGACCCUCCCGCCCUUCGGGUACCGGUGCUUGGAGUGCGGGGACUCCUUCGCCCUGGAGAAGAGCCUGGCGCGGCACUACGACCGGCGCAGCAUGCGCAUCGAAGUGACCUGCAACCACUGCACCAAGCGCCUGGUCUUCUUCAACAAGUGCAGCUUGCUCCUGCAUGCCCGGGAGCACAAGGACAAGGGCCUGGUGAUGCAGUGCUCUCACUUGGUCAUGCGGCCUAUUGCUCUAGAUCAAAUGAUCGGCCAGCCGGACAUCACCCCCAUCGUCUCAGUGACCUCCCUGGCGGCCGGCAAAGUGGCAGGGGUUGCUCUGGCCGCCAUGGCCGCCGCAAACGGGGUUCAGGAUCUGCCUAUCCUGCCCCUGAGCGGCGGCUCGGAGCAAACCAGCUAUAACUGCUUCCGGUGUCUGGAGUGCAAGGAGCAGUGCAAGGACAAAGCCGGGCUUGCGGCGCACUUCCAGCAGGCUGCGACCACGGGAACCACCACCACCACGGUGUGCACGACAUGUCCCAUGAUGAUGCCCAACACCUGCAGCUUUAACGCUCAUCAGCGGAUGCACAAAAACCGACCCCCUCACGUGUGCCCCGAGUGUGGUGGGAACUUCCUCUUGGCGAACUUCGAGGCCCACCUGAAGGAGGCCUGCCUGCACCUCUCCAGGAGAGUGGGCUACAGGUGCCCCAGCUGCGCCGUGGUCUUCGGAGGGGUGAACUCCAUUAAGUCCCACAUCCAGACCUCGCACUGUGAGGUUUUCCACAAAUGCCCGAUCUGCCCCAUGGCGUUCAAGUCAGCCCCCAGCGCCCACGCGCACAUCUACACGCAGCACCCAGGCUUCAGCAAUCAGCAGUCCAAGAUGAUUUACAAAUGUGCAAUGUGUGACACGGUCUUCACCCACAAGCCCCUGCUCUCCUCUCACUUCGACCAACACCUGCUCAACCAGCGGGUCAGCGUUUUCAAGUGUCCCGACUGCCCGCUGCUCUUUGCCCAGAAACGCACCAUGCUGGAACAUCUGAAGAACACUCACCAGCCACAGAAGCCCAAGGAGGACCUCGUGAAGAAGCCGGCCACGUUGCUCAUCCCCAAGGAGGAGCCCGUCGAAGCCCCCGUCUCCAAGCUGUCCGAGUCGUCGUCCUCGUCCUCGGAGGAGGACGAGCCGCCCAGCUCCCCGGAGCUGCCCAAGACGAAGCGGGCCCGCUUCCAGCGCAAGACGGACGCGAGCAAGUCGAAGAGCAGCGGCUGGACGUGCGGGAUGUGCCACUCCUGGUUCCCGGAGAGGGACGAGUACGUCUCCCACAUGAAGAAGGACCACGGGAAGUCGGUGAAAAAGUUCCCGUGCCGUCUGUGCGAGCGUUCGUUUUGCUCCGCCCCCAGCCUCCGGAGACACGUGCGAGUGAACCACGAGGGAAUCAAGCGAGUCUAUCCCUGCCGGUACUGCACCGAAGGCAAGCGCACCUUCAGCAGCCGGCUGAUCCUGGAGAAGCACAUUCAGGUGCGGCACGGGAUCAAGGUGACCGACCAGACCAAGAGCCAAGAGGUCGUCAUUGCCCGCACGGGGUCCGGAACCUUGCAGGUGUCCAGCAGGAAGCGGAAGCUGUCCUCGGACGACGGCGAUUCGUGCAGCGAGGAGCCGGACAGCACCACGCCGCCUUCCAAGACCCCCAAGGCCGACCGGAAAGCCCCCUUCCGCUGCCGCAAGUGCGGCUACAUCGCCUGCAGCGCGGCCGAGUUCCAGGAGCACAUCCCCCAGCACAGGACAGACGAAAGCUCCCACCAGUGCCGCGAGUGCGGCCUGUGCUUCACCUCCCAGGUCUCCCUCAACCGCCACCGCUUCAUCACCCACAAGAAAAAGAAGGGGGCGGGGGAGCUGGAGGAGCCCAGCCCUCGCAGCGACCACGAGGGAGGGGCCCCGCGCCCCGCUGACGGCAAACUCGCGUGCAAGGUGUGCGGGAAGUGCUUCGACACCCAGCUCAACCUGAAGACGCACUUCCGCACCCACGGCAUGGCCUUCAUCCGAGCCAGGCAGAACGUGAGCCCCGAGAACUAGGGCCGAGCGAGAGGGCAGCGCGUGUAUAUAAUCUCUGCGCAGAGCUCUUGGCAGGCUCCCAGCGGGCGCACCCCUCUCCCCCACCCCGCACCGUUUUAAUACAAGUAGGUUGGAUACAGAAGCUGUGACGAGACCCGAGAGCUUAGAGGCAUGUCGGACAGAUCCGCUCCCUGGCUUCUCUCGGCUGGUGGCCCAGCUGAGCCCAGUGUGGGUCUUAGGUUGAGGGGCAGGAGUUGCCCGGUUUACAGUGUCGGGAAGCAACAGCUCAGCGAGGGCAGGAGUCAGGGGUCUAGCGGGGCUCUGAGACUACACGGGAAGCAAACGGUUGGUACGCCGCUCGGAAUGCUGCCGCCGGGCCCGGCUGGUCGGGGCUGUGGCUUCCCUGCAUUGGAACAAGGCAGUUGGUCGUUCCGACCCAGCAGGGGCAUUGUCUGUAGCCCAGGGAUUGUUCUCUCCAGCUCAGAGGGCAGAUGUUGCAUGCAGGCUCAGCUGCUUAAUUGGCACCUUUCCCGAGCCCUGUGUCUGCCCUUUCUGAUGGGCGCUUCCCCUGCUCCCUGGGAGUCUGCUUGUGCCACAUUCAGACCUGUCCGAAAGGAGGCUCUCUGGGCGUGCUGUGGGGACAGGUGGGGGAAGCCACCAGCCACCUCCCAGGACAGGGAACUGGCUGGGAAUUUGUUACUCUAAGGUGAUCACAGCAGGAUCCAACUUUUUUUUUUUUUUUUUUUUUAAACUUUGCUUCUUUUGUAUUUUCAUCUUGAGCUCCGGGAAGAAAUCUUGGCCUGGCUCUGAGUUAGUUGCCUGGUAUCUUAACUGACAGCAUCGAUCUGCGUUUCCUUGGUUGGUUCACUCACUCAGUUCCCCCUCUGAAUGCAUGUGCAUAAGGGGGACCUGUUUUGAAUCCUCUUCACAGGUUCUCUUGCACUAACUUCAACCAGUUCUGGAUGUUGUGCUCUUUCCGGACUGAAAUCCGUGGACAGGGUGGACAGCUGCAUGGGACCUGGAUUUCAAAGGAAACGUUUGGCUAUUGAGCUGCAGCUGCAGGUGGGGGGUGGGUGGGUGUGUGUGUGUGUGUGUGUGUGUGUGUGUCUUGAAAAUGAAAGCGGUAGCCUCAGGAAGUGAGGGCUGACAGGGAAAUGGACUUAGUCAAGGCAGUGCAGUUAACCCUACAUGUACCAUAUAAAGGGUGUCUGAGAAGCCAGAAACGGCUUCAUUUGAUCUUUGCCUGCUUCCCAUGACAAUCCCUCUAACUCACAGACCGGUGAUUAGUCCAACCCUAAAUCCCUCACCCCAUUGCUAGUACUUGUAACAGUCUCUGCUUGUGAACUCUUCUCUCUUUACCAAAAAAAAGAAAAAAUGAACCAAGUUACCCACAAAUAUGAAAUCUCUUCACAGCUGUGAGGGUCAGAGAACAGUUAAUCAAAACCAAAACCAGCUUUUGUUGCAGGUUUUUUUUUUGGGGGAGGGGAUGGCAAGGGCCACAAAGGAUGCAUCCAAGUUCCCCUUCCCCCAGGUCUUACUGGUCGAGGGCUGGGCUUUAAUCUUAGUUGUAGGGUGAGGUGGAACCCCUAGGCCUUGUUCAGUGUUGCUGCUUUGAAAUGGUUUGUAUAUAUAUAGAGCUGGAAGGGACCUUGAACAGUCAUCAAGUCCAGUCCCCUGCCCUCAUGGUAGGACCAAGUACCAUCUCUUGACACAUUUGCCCCAGAUCCCUAAAUGCCCUCCCCCCGGAUUGAACUCACAACCCUGGGUUUAGCAGGCCAAUGCUCAAACCACUGAGCUAUCCCUCCCCCAGGCUAAGCAAUGAUGAGGCAAGAGGAUCUUUGGUAACAGAAGAGGGGAGCAUUGACUCCCAUUUCCUGGCUUGGGGCUGCUGAGAGAACUUGGAUUUUGGCUCCAAGGACGUUAGGAACAGUCUGUUAACUUCUGCCAGGGGUUUCUAACCUCCCCCAUCCCUAAGCUCCCGGCUGGUUGUAAAUAACGGGGGUGGGAGGGUGGUAAGCGAGCUGGCUUCAUUAGAAGCAGAGGGGGAAACUAAACCAUCUUUUAAAGAAAGUUUGCAGAAUUCAGUUCUUAGACUGACCCAAAUGCGUUCAUUCCCCACCUAUAUACCUUGGCUCUGCCCACGGUUCCAGCGCACACCCCACGACAGCUGGCAUUGCAAACUUGCAGGGCCUCCAUCCAAGAGGAAUGGCAGGAAAAACUCCACUGGGUCACGUCCAUUGAUGAGAACAAGCACUGCCCUGAAACUGACCCUUUGUGUUCAGCUUUCAUCUUCCCUUCCGCUCCCCUUAUCUGCCAGUGUAACACUGCCCUCCCCCCGCCCCCCACCGAUAACGCAUUCCUACACUGCAUGACCAAUGUUACAGCCAAGUUAAGGGCUCGGAAGCAUUUUAAUAGCAGCUUGGGGCUGCCAGUAUUGCAGCAGCACCCACAAGGAGUUCAAAAUUGUGAAAAGGGCUACAACCCUAAAUCAUGUUUGGAAAAAAUUAUUUCUUCUUUUGUUUGUUGCUUUGGCUUCAGUUAGGGUGUUGUGUGAGUAAUUCUUUUUGGUAACUUAACUUUGGGUUAUUUUGAAUAACUGUGUGUAAAAAGUUCUGUAACAUACACUAAAAAAAAAAAGCUACUGUUGUGAUUUAUUUUUUCUUGUUUAGAAAACGUUGCUGUUUUUAAGUUCACUGGGAUAACACUUCCCCCCUCCGAAAACGGUUUGGUUGAAAGGAACAAAUGUGGUUGGUUGUUGCGUUCAUAGUAAACAAUUUUUUGGAUCCACCUGAAUGUUAAGCAGCAGCAUUUGAGGUUUUGGAGAAAAAAAAACCUUUUUACUGUUUGUAUAAAUUUGCAAUCGAGUAUUCCCAAUGUUUGUUACAACCUGCCUUCCAACAUGGUGUGCAGCUGUCGUGCAGUGGGAACUAUUUGUAAGCCAUUUAGUUCCGCCUAGUGAGAGUAACCAAGCUGAAAUGAAGGUAACUACGUUUUUUAAAAAUGUCCUGUUUUUCGCUUUGUCUUAAUUGUUUCCUCCCUCCCCCAACACCCUACACUUUUAAAAACCGUGUUAGCUUGGGGCUGUGAAAGUGUAAAUGCUGUUCAAUAAUAUAGACAAACCUACAAUUUCUACAGUUUUAGAGAGGAAGAACAAAUUGCUUUGUAAUCUUUGGUGAUUUUAUUUCCCAUGCACUUCAGUGCCUUUAGAUUGACUUCUGUGUAAAAAAAAAAAAAAUAAAAUGAAAUAAAAAGUGAGAUUCUGCAUUUUGUUUUUAGAGGGGGUUUGUGAACUGAUUAUGCUACAUUAAAAGUGUGGGCACUGCAAAAGGCUCUCAGGUAUUCUUUAUUCUUGUAGUAAUAAUGCAAUUAAAACUUUUAGUGGUUAAA